AUGUGUGAGUUACAAGAAAACACACAUAUAUCAGUCAUUCGUAGUGCUCUACACGAACUGAAAGGAUCUUAUGUCAAACGUGUCGGACAUGUUUUCCAAUUCCUUCACGACUUUAUUAUGGAGAUAACAACUCUGGUGUUUGGUGUUGAUUGUCCACAAGAGACAAUACAGUACGCGGACAGUAGCUUUCUGAGACGUCGAGUAAAGAUAGAAGACGAUACAGAAGAGGAAGAUCGCGAUCCUUUCACUGUUUACCUUCCUGUAGAGUACAUUGAUGAUCUUGUCGACAGGUUUAUUACUGACAUACAAACAAAACAUAUUAUAGAUGUUCUACUCAAUCCGUGUUUAAGGAAAGAGAGUUUGAUUAAUUCUUUUAAGGAAAAAUUGAAUUCGCUCGAAAAACUUCUUGUAAAAAUUAAAUGUGAAAAAGACAGAUCGAAAUUUCAAACAUUAUUUGAAAGAUCGUUUUUCACACGACUUGAUUUCCUUUAUUCAUUUGAAAGUGAAAUAUGUCCUUUAGUCGGACUUAUUGUAUUCUGUCAUUCUGACAUUUCUUCAUUUUACAUAAAAAGUAUCCCUGAAACAAAGUUGAAAGAACAUCACAUUUUCUCUGCUAUAUGUGCUAAUGGCGAUUUAAACCUACUAAAUUCUCUCAGCGAAGAAUAUAAAAAAGCAGCAAUGAUGGAAAGAUGGGAUGACUUGUUUCCAAUUCAUAUAGCUUCGGUUUUUCAUAAUUUUUCAAUAAUAGAGGAAUUAAUAAGACUUGGUGCUGACGUAAACACGUUAACAACUAGUGAUAUAUGUACUCCGUUAUUCCUUGCUGCUGCAAAUGACGAAGAUCAUAUUAAAGAGGCCGGAAUCGAUAUAAAAACUGGAGAAAGACGUAAUAAUAGAAUUAUUUGCUUAUUGAACAACGGCGAUAAAGCCUAUUUAUGUGAUAAUGAGAAUGUAGACAGAACUCUUUGCAUGGCUUGUUAUAGAGGACGUGAUAUCACGGUACAACUGCUACUGGACAACGGCGCCGACAUCAAGUUAUGUGAUAAUGAUGGAUGCAGUCCUCUUUGUAUAGCUUGUCUCAAAGGACAUGAUAGUACGGUUCAAUUGUUACUGGACAACAGUGCCGAUAUCAACUUAUGUGAUGAUGAUGGAAUCAGUCCUCUUUAUAUAGCUUGUCUCAAUGGACAUGAUAGCACGGUACAGCUGUUACUGAACAACGGUGCCGAUAUCAAUUUAUGCAAAAAGAACGGGACCAGUCCUCUUAUAAGAGCUUGUCAAAAUGGACAUGAUAGCACGGUACAACUGUUACUGAACAACGGUGCCGACAUCAAUAUAUGUAUAAAUGAUGGCGCCAGUCCUCUUUAUAUAGCUUGUUAUGAUGGACAUGAUAGCACGGUACAACUGUUACUGAACAACGGUGCCGAUAUCAAUUUAUGUAUAACUGAUGGAGCCAGUCCUCUUUAUAUAGCUUGUGGAAAAGGACAUGAUAGCACGGUACAAUUGUUACUGAACAACGGUACCGACAUCAAUUUAUGUCAGAAAAAUGGAGCCAGUCCUCUUCAUGUAGCUUGUGAAAAUGGACAUGUUAGCACGGUACAACUGUUACUGAACAACGGUGCCGACAUCAAUUUAGGUAAGAGUGAUGGAGCCAGUCCUCUUUAUAUAGCCUGUCAAAAUGGACAUGAUAGCACGUUACAACUGUUACUGAACAACGGUGCCGACAUCAAUUUAUGUAACAAGAAUGGAUUCAGUCCUCUACAUAGAGCUUGUCUCAAAGGACAUGAUAGCACGGUACAACUGUUACUGAACAACGGUGCCGACAUUAAUUCAGGUGAGAGUGAUGGAGCCAGUCCUCUUCAUAUAGCUUGUUAUGAUGGACAUGAUAGCACGGUACAACUGUUACUAAACAAUGGUGCCGACAUCAAUUUAUGUAACAAGAAUGGAUUCAGUCCUCUACAUAGAGCUUGUCUCAAAGGACAUGAUAGCACGGUACAACUGUUACUGAACAACGGUGCCGACAUCAAUUUAUGUAACAAGAAUGGAGUCAGUCCUCUUUAUAUAGCUUGUCUCAAAGGACAUGAUAGCUCGGUACAACUGUUACUGAACAAUGGUGCCGAAAUCAAUUUAUGUGAUAGUGAUGGAGACAGUCCUCUUGAUAUAGCUUGUCAUCAAGGACAUAAUAGCACGGUACAACUGUUACUGAAUUACGGUGCCGAUAUCAAUUUAUGCAAAAAGAACGGGACCAGUCCUCUUUAUAUAGCUUGUCAAAAUGGACAUGAUAGCAUAACACAAUUGUUACUGAACAACGGUGCCGACAUUAAUUUAUGUGAUGGUGAUGGAGCCAGUCCUCUUUAUAUAGCUUUUCUCAAUGGGCAUGAUAGCACGGUACAAGUGUUACUGAACAACAAUGCCGACAUCAAUUUAUGUGAGAAGAAUGGAGCCAGUCCUCUUUAUAUAGCCUGUCAAAAUGGACAUAAUAGCACGAUACAAAUGUUACUGAACAACGGUGCCGACAUCAAUUUAUU